AUGCUGAGGAUGUCUCUGCACUAUCACGGGAUUUGGCCAAAGAGAGUGCACCGCUUUCUCGGAACGGCAGCACUGCACUGCACCGCCAAGACGAAGAAGGUUUUGCGACGAGAGCAAUGGAAACUGCUUCGUGCCGUGGAUAGCAGCAUCGAGCUAUCCGAGCCGAUGCGUGUGGAGCUUCUUCUUGAGUUGUCGGGCCUACCCAGACAGGAAGCCAUGGUCAUCAAGUCGUGCACCAAAGACAGCCGCAACUUCGAGUCCGUGCGUGCUACCCUUGUGGAGUACCAUACAGGUGUGCACCUGAGCGAGGGACGCACCUCAG